AUGGCGGAAUCAUCGAGCUCCGGGCUCCACCGCAUGCUGGACUCCAUCGGGAAAUGCACAGGACAUUCGGGUUUUCGCGAGUGGAAGAUCAAGUUUCGACAAGCAAGCAUCCUCCACGCGCCGGAGCUUCUCCCCGUCCUCAACGGAAACGCGCGUCCUUCAGCGACCGCGGCGAACGCGGAGGAUGUGGCUGCGUGGGACAAGGCCAACGGUCGCCUGUUCUCCCUCCUCUUCUUCGUGACCUCCGGGUCUGCGCAGCUCACUGUCCGCACCAACGAAGGGGCGGCGGAUAGUGACAUGGGGGAUGGGACGGCUGCCUGGAGAGCUCUCAACAAGCGUUUUGAUGCUCAAACCCAGGAAGCUCGGCAUGCGUGUCACAACGAGCUGUUCAACCUGCGACACCUUGCGGGCGGUGAUCCCAUCGACUUCUUCACAAAGGGGUGGGACCUCAAGCUUCGCCUUAAGGUGCUGGGGGAGGAAGUGUCGGACCCAGUCUACCUAGACAUCCUGCUCUCAGGCCUGGCCAAAGCCCCGGAGUUCAAGUUCAUCAGGGAGAUGCACUACCGUGACACUAUUUCUUCAGUAGACAGUCUCCAGGCGACGGCUAACCGCUUCUUUGUGGAUCAGCAGUCGCGCAACGCGUCGGGCCCCGUGGUCUCGGGCCGAGGGGCUGCGAUGGCGGUCGCGUCCGACACCGACCAGUGCCGCCGAUGCAAGGCGUACGGACACUUUCAGCGCGAUUGUCCGCAACAGGCUCCGUCAGAGCCGACUUCGCUCGGGUUCUCCUUCAACGCCCUCGGAACUGCCUUGGCGGAGGCAACCUCGUCGUCUGCCUCUUCCCAGCCACCUCCGGCGGUGUCUGCCGCCACACAGGCGGCACCGGUAUCUGCCUCAUCAACGUCGAGUGCGCAGGACCACCGACUGCCUUCAGGGUUCUUCGGUGCGUUCAUGGCGACUCAUGCAGAGUUCUCGCUUGCUCCUUUUCGCUCCGACGGAUCGUGCAUCCGGAUGGUUGUGGACAGUGGAGCGACAGACAACUACCUCGACCCUGNUGUCUGCCGCCACACAGGCGGCACCGGGUUCUUCGGUGCGUUCAUGGCGACUCAUGCAGAGUUCUCGCUUGCUCCUUUUCGCUCCGACGGAUCGUGCAUCCGGAUGGUUGUGGACAGUGGAGCGACAGACAACUACCUCGACCCUGGGCUUACACCAGGAUUGCGGGCUCACAUGCGCGACGUAGAACACCUUCGGGUCCCACACACGAUCGUCGCCGCGGGCCAGCAUGUCCUCAAAGGUGUUGCGACGGCGACUAUCUUCGGGGCCGUCACGGACGACAAUGGGAACAACCGGCACGUCUCCUUUCGCGUCAUCUUGGUACCAGGGCUGGGCACCAACCUCUUCUCCGUGACAUUGGCGACGCUAAAAGGGGUGGCGACGUUGUUUCAUCCGGACAACCCCAGGUUGGAGUCAGGGGACGUGGUUUUCCCAAUGCAGACCCUCGGGGUGGACGCCACGACCGGAAAACGCAUCCACUCCAUCGAGGUAAAGCUAGGGGGUGAACCUGGGGGCCCGACGGUCCUCGGAGACGCGCCUGAUGCCCUCGCCUUGAAGGUGGAGUCCGCUGAUCUCUGGCACCGGCGCAUGGGGCACAUCAACGGCAAGAGCUUGGACGUUCUAAGGAAAGAACCGGUCAACGGUGUCGACUACACCGGAGACGUGAAGGACUCGUUGGGCGGAUUCAAGUACGCCACCAACUUCGUGGACCAGCAGACCAAGUGGGCGGAGAUAAUUCUCAUGAAGAACAAGACCUCUUUUGUAGACUCCCUCGCGUUGUUCAACAAAGGGGCCGUGGUUUCUACCGGAGAACGCAUUCAUUGCCUCCGUGGGGAUCAGGGCACAGAAUUCACGAGUGCGGAAUUCCACCAGUACUGUCAAGACAUCGGCAUCAAGCUGGAGUUCGCCUCUCCGAACACCCCUCAGCAGAUCGGAGCCAACGAGCGUGCGGGUCGGACGAAUUUGAAUGUCGUGCGCUGUCUGCUCGCUGACUCAACUCUACCGAACUUCCUUUGGGGGGAGCUGAUCCAGACGGCAGUCUACCUGAGCAACCGGGUUCCUCAUGCAGCCCUGCAAAACGGGACGCCGUGCAAGGCGCUCUACGACAAGGGUGCCUAA